AUGUCGUUGAUCAAAACGUUGAUUGUGAAUGUCGGAGAUAAUCAUGACGGAUUGUUGUACCGUCUAUCGAAAGGUGAUACCUUAAGAUUGAAGAAAGGUUCCACCCUCUAUGGUGUACCCAAUGCAGUCAUUACCACUAAUCAUCCAGAGGAAGGAGUGGAAUUUCACAGACAUCAGUUUCGGGAGUUGGAAUGGACGAUACCCAAAGACGAAUCGGGUUGCGGGUUGAUAAUGGCGGAUCAUUUCGUCGAUUUGCCCAUCCGUUCAUCGGAGUUUGUUGAAGGAAGUUUGUUUUGUGCCGUUAUGUCGUUGAUCAAAACGUUGAUUGUGAAUGUCGGAGAUAAUCAUGACGGAUUGUUGUACCGUCUAUCGAAAGGUGAUACCUUAAGAUUGAAGAAAGGUUCCACCCUCUAUGGUGUACCCAAUGCAGUCAUUACCACUAAUCAUCCAGAGGAAGGAGUGGAAUUUCACAGACAUCAGUUUCGGGAGUUGGAAUGGACGAUACCCAAAGACGAAUCGGGUUGCGGGUUGAUAAUGGCGGAUCAUUUCGUCGAUUUGCCCAUCCGUUCAUCGGGUUCAUUUCGGUUCAACGUCGUAGUUUCUGGAAAAACGGAAUUGACUGGUGACUUCGUCGUCGACCCUCGGUUCACCAUGGGUGCUUCUGGGGAACCCUUGUCCCUGGACGGUAUAGAAUGUGUCACUGUGUUGCCCAAGAGUCUCGGAUUGUUGAAUGAGUGGGAAGGACGAUUGAGGGUUCUUAAAGAAACUGGGUAUAACAUGAUCCACUUCACUCCUGUUCAGGAAUUGGGUGCAUCAAUGUCUUCGUAUUCAUUGCGAAACCAGCACAAAUUGAACCACAUGUUUGGAUCCAAGCACACGAUGGCGGACCUCGCCAAACUUAUAAAGAAGAUGGAAACCCAGUGGAAGGCGAGACAUUAUUUUCUAUAA